ACGGAGACACAGGGCCAGGGGCCAGACAGCCUCACCACGGGUGCCAAGCUUGCUGAAACUGAGGCAGGAGGAGGCUGCACCCAUGGGGUCUCAGCAACUGCCGCUGGCCACCCUGUUCCUGCUGGGGGUGCUGGUCACUUCCUGCUUCAGAAGGUCCAACCAGGAGGACUCAGUGUUCCAGGUGAGACUAGGAGGCUCCAACUCGCCGUGUCAAGGCCAGCUGGAGAUCUACUUCCAUGGCAUGUGGCACACGGUUGACAGCAAGAGCAAGGGGGAUCUCAAGCAGGCCUCUGCUCUCUGCCAGAAGCUGAAAUGUGGGACGGCCUUGGCCCUCGCCCACUUCCCUUCCUUCAACAGUCCCCAGAACCAGAUCACCUGCUACGGACAACUGGACACCUUCCACCGCUGCAACGCCAGCAACGCAAACCGUAACACAAACCCUCUGGGCCUGAUCUGCUUAGAGCCCCCGAAGACGACCCCUCCUCCCACAAGCCCAUCGCCCACAACCUCUAUGGAGCCCACAGUUCCUCCCAGGCUGCAGCUGUUGCCAGGGCCCAGGGGCCUGCGGUGUGCGGGCAUCCUGGUGUUCUACCGUGGCAGCCUGGGUGGCACCAUCAGCUACGAGGACCAGGACUGGACCCAGGACCUGGGCAACCGCAUCUGUGCGACCCUCCAGUGUGGCACCUUUCUAGAGCACCUGAAGGAGGCCGAGGCAACCAGGCCACAAGCCCCAGGGGAGAGCGAGCCCUUGCCAAUUCGAUGGAAGAUCCAGAAUGCAAGCUGUGCCUCCCUGGAGCAGUGCUUCAGAAAAGUCCAGCCCUUGGAGGGCGGCCAAACUCUCGCCCUCGUCUGUUCUGAUUUCCAGCCCAAGGUGCAGAGCCGCCUGGUAGGAGGCAGCGGCACGUGUUCAGGCACCGUGGAGGUGCGCCAGGGCAAGCAGUGGAAAGCCCUGUGCAGUAAUAGCCGCUCGGCCAAGGGAGCAGUGCGGUGGGAGGAAGUGUGCCGGGAGCAGCAGUGCGGCAAUGUCAGCUCCUACCAGGUGCUGGGGACUGGUGAGAAGACCUCCCAGGGGCUCAUCUGUAAACAAGGGAAGCUGUCCCAGUGCCACCAGCUUCAGGAGCAGAAACCCUGCAAGAAGGUGUUUGUCACAUGCCACGACCCAAACCCGGCGGGCCUGGGUGCAGCCACUGUGGCCAGCAUCAUCCUGGCCCUCGUGCUGCUGGCAGUGCUGCUCGUCAUGUGCGGCCCUCUCGCUUACAAGAAGCUGGUGAAGAAAUUCCGCCAGAGGAAGCAGCGCCAGUGGAUUGGCCCGACAGGAAUGAACCAGAACAUGUCUUUCCAUCGAAACCACACGGCAACUGUCCGCCGGUCCCAGGUUGAGAACCCCAUAGCCUCACACGUGGAGAACGAGUACAGUCAGCCUCCCAGGAACUCCCAAGUCUCAGCUUAUCCAGCUCUGGAAGGGGCCCUGCACCGUGUCUCCACCCAGCCCGAUAACUCCUCUGAGAGCGACUACGACCUGCAUGGGACUCAGAGGCUGUGAAAGGGGAGCCCGGCCCUGGGCACCCGGCUUCCCGCACGGCCCUGGGGGUGAGCACCAGCCACUGGCUCCUCACCUCCUGCCCACCCCACCCCUCCAUGAAUGGGGGACUCCAAGCGUCUUAACUCAUGGAAGGGGAAAGAAUAAGCAUCAAUGAUUUGGGUGAUGGGAACUGAUUUGGUAAUUACAGCAGAGGAAUCACCGACCUUAACACCACCUUUUAAAAUCAUCUCAGAAGAUCACCCAAAACAGCCCCUAGGAGUUUCCUGACGGACUUACACCCCCAAAGAGCUGCCAGCAGGAAAAAGAAGCCCCUGACCCGGAGCUGUCCCUGACAUUGGGGUCUGUCCCCCACCUCCUGGAACCAUCUCCAGGGGUGAGGUUUCUUCCUCUGACGGUUCCCUCUUGCCCCACAGAACUGAGAACCAGGAAAAAACAUCCAGAGUCAGACCUUUUGUCCUGAGAACACUGCCUUCACCGCUUGGAAAUGACGUCCCCGCCAGAACAAGGAUGGAGGGAAAGGCCUUUCCAACAUGUCCUACUGCCUUACAGUUGCAGGCCAGCUCUGACGCCUCCUGCGGGAGCCUGGCCCAGUGAAGGCCCCCAAACAGUUUGGCUGGCCCCUCAACUGUGGGAACUGUGAAAAGGCAGAACCCACAAACAAGUACCCCCCAAGCAGAGACAUGUGGGGGCCAGGCCAGGCCCCCUCCCCGUGUGUGGAAAGCAGCACCCGAGGAGAAUGGGCUGUCUCCUCACUCAGAUCGAGGACGCUCACAACUGGGGGAAAUGUGGGGGCGGAGUUUGCUAGUGUAUUUUUAAUAUGUUCUUUGUAAAUAACGCUUUUUUUACUU